AUGGGAGCGGGGUUCUGGUUAAUAUUGAUGUCAUUUAAUGGUUUUUACCUUUUCGUACUUGCUCCGGGUCAGGAGGACACAUUGCUGUCUCUACCUGAGAAAUGGUUCAAUAAGCUGAGGGGACAAAGUGGUGAUAUAUCAUUCGUGGACGCUCUACAAACAUGGCUUGAACGAAAUAUCAAAGAUCAUCAUGUGCAAAUGAGAAGAUCCAGAGCUAAGACGUCGAAGAAAGGAACAGGCUACCGCAUGCAGCGACUCAUCACUUCACUUUUACGAAGUGAUAAGAGUAAACCUCCUUUGUGCAUUUUUUGCCUUGAUGAUGGUGCAGAUGUGGAUGAGGCGUGCGGACGACUUCUGUGGAGUCCAGACAAGCCAAUUUUCUUCGCAGCUCAUGAACUCUGCACUCUUAUGAUCCCUGAAGUUCUCACUGUGGACAAUCCUUCGUCGCUUGGUAAGCAACUUUUCGACACUGACAUCAAACAACUGAACGACGCUUACGCUCGAGGACGCCAGCUUACAUGCAAUAUAUGCCGCGAAAAAGGUGCACUAGUUGGUUGCUGUUCUACUUCGUGCCAGUUGGUUUUUCACCUGCCUUGUGCAAUUCGCUCAAAAUGUUUCAUAGAUUACGAGGAGUUCCGGUGCUACUGUGAGAGGCAUUCCAUGUCUGCUUUCGAAGAAAUUACCAAAUUGCACUUUUCAGACUUGGAAACCUCAUCAAAGAGUGAGGAUUACGAUCUCUGCUGUCUUUGCAUGGAUCGAAUUAACCGUCAAAUCAAAAUGCAUUCUGUUGUACGAAUUUCCUGCUGUGGGGCUCGGUUCUACCACUACGAGUGUAUGAAGAAUGCAACUUUAAUACGAGGUCAGGAGAUGCGUUGUCCAGCAUGCAAUCGUCCAAAUGAAGAAACCUCUUUUGAGGAAGUGGUCAAACGACAAGGAAUUUACUUUCAAACAUACAAUCCUGCUGACGAGCCUGACGAAGAGAGCGCUCUCGGAAAUACCCAUUCCCGUUGUUACUAUUCUAUGGCGCGCACUUCUGCGAAAGAGCGCAAGUGUUUGAGUUCGCUUGGACCUGAGAAGUACGAUGACAGUGAUGCUCUUAACGACCAAGUGUUCAAUCCACUGGAAGCUCUUAAUGGUUGCAUUACGUGUGGUGUUCACUGUCAUAGGGUCUGUGCGGGGCCGCCAUGGUCCACCUAUACACCUGAUGGCGAUGGUGAAGAGGAAAAGUGGCAGUGUGACGAUUGCAGGGAAGUGCUCCUAUCAGUCAAAGAUUCUUGUGCUGCAAAAGAUUCUUAUGCAAGCUGCGCUCCAGAAGUGCCUUCAAAUCCUGCGCGAAGGAGGCGCACAAGGAUGUCAACAGCGUCCCUUAUGAGAGGUGAGAGCACCCAUAAUGACGAGAAUAGAGUUCUUAAGAAACGUACGCGUGGCGAUUCUGCGCAUGUAGUAACUAAUGGACCCCCAAAGAAACAGGCAGUUAUUUCGAAAUGGUUCACAACCGCCAAUCGCCAUGGAAAAUCAUCUUCGAACGACUUGCACGUCCCUUGA